UCUUCAUUCAUUGUGACUUGUUGCAUGUUAUUUUUUUAUGUUUUGUUUUGUUUUGCUUAUUCACCGUGCAUAAGAUAGCACCGGAAAUAUUCUUAUUACGCUUGAAGAAAAUAAUCAAACCAUACAAUCAUCAUCAUCAUCAUCGUCAAAAGAUUCUUUAUUUUUUUACCAUAAAUGUCAUUUUAAAGAUCAUCAUGUGGCACGUGUCAUCUAAAUGAAAUAUCCAACUCAUCAUCAUUUGACUAAAGACAACCAAAAAAAAAAACUGGCCACUUCUGACACGUGCCCACUCUAAGUAUUGUUAAAUGUUGCUUCCGUUGUGAUUUUUUCUUUGGUAAAUCUGGCCAUUUCUUUUUUUUUUCUUUCGAUCAUCUUUAACCAUUAACACACCAUCAUCAUAACCGAUAAAGAAAUAUCUGGUCAUUUGAAUUUGGUUAAAAAGAAAAAAAAACGAUCGUUCUUCAAUGUUGUCCAUAUAGUCAUAUAAACACAUUUUACUUGUAAUCGAUUUCGACCAUAUGGUCUACAGAUGUGUAUAGAUGAUGAUCUUUUUUUUUCUUUGAUGAUGAUGAUUUUGUCUUAUUUUUUUUCUUUCAUUUACAAAUGUGUUUUUGUGUGUGUGUGUGUGUGUGUGGCAGUAAAAAACAUUGAAGCUUCAUUUAGAUUGAAAAUUUCUUUCCAAUAGUCGACACAUCAGUGUUCUAAAAACAAUGGCCCUAAUAAGGUUACAUAUCAUCAUCACAAUUAUUGUUGUGUUUACAUCAUCCAUAUCGAAUUCACAUCCGGUUUCCGUUGCUAAUGGAAAAAGUGCUGCAACAAUCAUUCUCAUAAGACAACAAAAGAAUCGAUCUUCAAAUCAUUUUGUUCGAGAAUUGAAUCAAAAUAUAACCUUCAAUUGUCGUGUUGAUUAUGAUGAUCAUUCAAAUAGAAAAAAUUUGCAAUUGAAAAGAUCUUGGUAUCGUGACAAUGGCCAAUGGUUAGGUCCAAUAGAAAUUAAAGGCAAAAAAUUUAUUGGUACCGAUGAACGAUAUCGAUUCCAAUCAGCCAAUAUGGAUGAGGCUAGUUUGAUGAAAAUCAAACAACUAAAUGAAAAAGAUAUGGGAAUAUAUUAUUGUUCUGUUUGGAUGAUCGAUUCAAAUGAUCAAAUAUUAGUUUCGAAAAAUGAAACAUUUAAAUAUGAAUUAAAAAUCAUUCAGCCACAGCAUCAAGUUGAUGACCAUUUACAACCGAAUGCUCAAUUGUUUCGAGCGGAAAAAUCAACAGACAAUCAAUCAAUGAUUAGAAAUGAAAUAAAUCAUACAGUGAUUGAUGGUAACUCACAUACAUUUGAUGUCGAUGUUAUCGGUAGCGAAACAUGGUUAUUUGGUAAUGAUUUUCACAAUGAAAAUGGCGAUGAAUACGAAGAUGAUGAUGAAGAGGAUUAUCUAGCUAAAGAUCUGGAUGAAGAAGAAGUUGAAGAUUUUCCAUUAAAUUCAGAACCAAAAUAUAUCGACAAUGAUGGCAAAGAGUUUCGUAUAUACAAUGUAAGCGAAUUUCCUUCAAUAAUGCAAAUGGAAAAACAAUCAGGACAUUUAGUUAAAUUUCGUUGUCCAAUUCGUGGCCAUAAAAAUAAUACCAAAUAUCGUUGGUAUAAAGGAACACGUAUACUCAAAGGUUUUACCCGUAAUGAUGGUGAAAGUAUGAAAAUUGAUCGAUGGAAAUUAGAUCUAGAAAAUGUUGGUGAAUCCGAUUCUGGUAAUUAUUCAUGUAAUGUACAGAAUCCAUAUGGCCAUUAUAAUUUUACAUUCGAUCUUCGUGUACAUUAUUCAUUACGACAUCCACCCGUAUUAACUAAUUUGAAUGUCAAGAUCAAUAAUACAAUUUCUAUUGGUGAAAACAUUACAUUCGAUUGUCGAUAUCGUUCAUCAGUGAAUGCUAAUUUUAGCUGGUUCCGUGUUUAUUCAAAUCAAACAUAUAGAAAAAUUAAUGGAUCAUGGCUAAUGAUGAAUCUAGUAAAUGUAAGCACUGAUGAUAGCGGAAAUUAUACAUGCAUAGUCAGCAAUCGUUAUGGAACUAUUGAACGUUAUUUCUUACUCAACGUUAUUUCAGAGACAUUUUCAUUCACACCAUAUGUGCACCACAUGUUAUUGGUAUUAUGUUCAUUGAUAUUGUUGGCAACGUUGAUGGUCACCUAUAUUCUAUACAAUAGCCGUUUACAAACAAAUAAAAAGAUAACUAUUGUAGCACAAAAAAGUUUUAUAAUCAAAAAGAAAAUUAUACUUGAAAAUCCAAUGUCAUAUGAUUUAUCAUCGAAUGGUGGUGAUGAUCCAACAUUGAUGAUCAACAAUGAAUUAGGCAAUCUAUUGGAUGGUAAAGGAAAUUCGUUUGAUAUGUUUUCACCAUUGGUCAAAAUUGAUUGUGAACACAUUUUGAUUGAUUCAAAUGAUGAACAUAUGGCUAAAAAAUCUGGCAUAACACAAUAUGAAAUACCGUUAGAUAAGGAAUGGGAAAUGGAACGUAACAAUGUUAGGAUUUAUUGGAAAGAAAAAUUAGGAGAAGGUGAAUUUGGUACCGUAGUCAAAGGAGAAUUGGCAGAUUCAAUAUAUAAAACUGAAGUGGCUGUCAAAAUGUUAAAAGAAGGACAUUCUGAUGAUGAAAUGAUUAAUCUGAUUUCCGAAUUAGAAGUGAUGAAACGUAUUGGAAAACAUCAAAAUAUAAUCAAUUUGAUUGGAUGCUGUACACAAAAUGGACCACUAUGGGUAGUCGUAGAGUAUGCACCUUACGGAAAUCUUAGGGAUUUUCUUCGCAAAAAACGAGAAGAAAUGAUUGCAUUCAAACAACAACAACAACAGAACAACAGUAUCAAUAGCCCAAAAGAGUUUCAUUAUGUUCCUGAAAUGUUUCAACAUCAGCAUCAUCAUCAACAACAACAACAACAACAGCAAAAGCAACAAAAAACAUUUUCAUCAUUGACAUUUUUAGAUCUGGUCGAUUUUGGAUAUCAGAUUGCUCGCGGUAUGGAAUAUUUAUCAUCCAAAAGAUGUGUACAUCGUGAUUUGGCCGCUCGUAAUGUUCUUGUUUGUGAAAAUAAUAUUCUUAAAAUUGCCGACUUUGGUUUGGCACGAAGAAUUCAAGGCGAUUAUUAUCGUAAAACAACAAAUGGUCGACUGCCCAUCAAAUGGAUGGCUAUAGAAUCAUUGGAAAAUCAAAUGUAUACAACACAAUCGGAUGUUUGGAGUUUUGGCAUUCUAUUAUGGGAGAUAAUGACAUUAGGACGAACACCAUACCCUGGUAUCAAUGUUCAUGAAUUAUGGAAACGUUUAGAAGGUGGAUAUCGUAUGGAACAGCCAAUCAAUGCGGAUGAACAAAUAUAUGAUAUUAUGCGUCGAUGUUGGCAAAAACAGCCAAAUGAACGUCCAAGUUUUGCACAGCUAGUCAAAGAAAUCCAUAGAAUAUCAUUUUCCUGUACAAAUAGAGAAUAUGCAACUAUUCAUUUUCCAGGUGUUGAUGUCCAUUCUUCAGCAUCUAGUUCCGAUGAAGAUGAAACAAACGAAUCGACUAUUGCUGCUGCAUCCGAUUAUGAUAAUGAUAGGCUUAGAAAAAGAGAAGAUGAUUAUAAUGACAAUGAUAAUGAACAUCGAUAUAAUAAUUGGCAUGCAUCAGCGGCCACAUUUAUGCCAACAAAAAUCAAUUUACCAAUAUCAACAUUAGGUAUAUCGGAUCCAGCUAAUGAUAAUGAUUCAUCGCCGGGUAAAUGGUUCAAUAUGAAUACAUCAAGAUUUGCCGGUGCUAAUCAUCAUUAUAUCAAUGGCAAUGCAUUACGUGAAACAUUAUUGCGUGAACAAUCAUCAACAUUAUUCCAACAGGAAAAUAACAAAGUGUCAAAAGAAUUGGAUGAUUACACAACCACAAACGUUGUUGAAGCAAUUGUAUAUCCAAAUGAUCCAACAACAACCCAAUUCAUACAUCAUAAUCGUACAUAUGUGAAUGACAAUGAUUUAACCAUCAUACAUAAGGACAAGGAUAUUACAACCACAUCAUUGGUGGUCAUGCCACAAACGAAUUCAAUAAAACCGGCUACCAUAAUCAACAAAUGUUAUGAUUUUGAUUUUUUAUGUCGAAAAGCGACGAAUAAUCAUCCAAUAUCAUCAUCACCAUCAUCAAUCACAGUAGCCACAUCAGCUACUAUGAUUAGACCGCAACAUGAAAAAAAUGAAAAUUGAACCACAACAACAACAACAACAACGAUAAUCAAUCAUUUUGAUUAUCGGAUUUAAGAUGUAUUGAUAGAUAGACAAACAAAAAGAAUCUUUUUUUCGGUAUUACUAUUGACAUAAAUGUGAUAUUAAGCAGUUUUCAUAGACAAAAUCAUCCUCAUCAUCAUAAACACACAAACAAACACACACACUAGUCUGACCAUUGCAACACACACACACACACACACCAUACAAAAAAAAUAACCGAAAUGACAAAGCUUAUAUCCGACUCGAUAACUAUACUAAGUCCAAUGAAAUCAUACACACACACACACACACACGACUCGACGAUUCGGAUCGUCGGCCGAAAAAAAAAAAAAUUGAAACACACCCGGUAUCUUAAAGGCAAGCAAGGAAACACAUAAUAUUGAAAGAGAAUUUCACAAUUGACCGAUAUCGUAGGUGUUUAGUGUGUGGCGAAUGUCAACAACUGUCAUAUACACUUGAAAAAAUAUUCAUUUAUUAUUUUCAAUCAUUUUUUUCCCCAUUUCUAUACACACAUUUUGGAUCUGGCUCUCUGUUUUUUUUUCUUCGUAACGAAAGUUCCUUUCGCACGAAUGCUUGUUGUUGUUAUUGUGUGUGUGUGUGUGUGUUUAAUGUUUCAUUUAUUCGAUAUGAUCAUUGAUCAUUCUUUUUUUUUAUUUCUCUUUUUGGUUAUUUGCUUUGAAAACCUCAUUCAUCUUGGAUCGUACAACAUAUAAUGACAUAUAAAUGACAUGAAUUGUCAUUAUUAAUUUCAUCAUUAUCAUCAACAAUUGUUGUUUACCAGUUUCGAAUAUUCUGGUUUUUGUUUUUGUUUUCUUUCUGUUUUCCAUUUUUUUCCCCCCCAUACACACGCGCUCAUUUCAUUGUAAAUAUCAUUUUUUCUUCUUGUUUUCAAUGUGUUGUGUUUGUGUAAGUGUAGAAUCAAAGAAUUCAAUUCACACCAUUUUGGAUCAUUGAGUAAAUAUUGAUUUUUGUAAUUUUUUUAAAGAAAAAACUCUUAUCCUGUACUGUAUGUUUCCUUCUUCCUAUAUCGAUUGUACGAUAUGGUUUUUUUCCGUUUCGUUCAUCACAUCAUUCAAUCAAUGGAUAUUGUGACAAAAUAUUAAUAAUAAUUGUGAUGAAAUGAUUGAAUACACAGCAACAAACAAACAAACAGACAUUCUACCCCGUUCAUUCAAUAUCAGCCAACAAAAACAAAAAACAACAACAACAACAACAACAAUCAUUUUAUUGACGAAAAGAAUUCAUAAUCAUCAUCAUCAUCAUCUUUUUUAUUAUUUAAUUAACUUUAUAUCGUGAUUGUUCGAUAUAUUGGUGCAUAUCAACAUUUUGAUUCAUUAUAACUCACACACAUAGACACUCACAAUUAAUCAACCAUUAAUAUUUAUAUGAUAUGAUAAACUAAAU